AUGUUGAUCUUGGAAGCAGUGCCAGUGAUGAUGGUAAUUUAAAUGAAUCAGCAUUAUUAUUAUUAUCUCAAGAAUUACCAAGUUCAAUGUAUUAUGUUCAGGAGCUAAUUAAUGGUACUAAUGAAUCUCAAAUUUUGUAUCUUGAUUCAUCAUCAACAUCAGAGACAACAAUACUUGAUUAAAACAACAAGUGUUGAUAAUUGGGCAACUAGUCUUGGAUCAGAAUUAUGGGAUUUAGCAAAUGCAGUUGCAAGACCAGAUGAACUUAAAACUAAAUAUAAAAAUAUGAAUGCAAGAGUUGAAGAUAAAUCUGGUACAGAACUUAUUGAAAUAAUAAGUGAGAGUGUUGGUAGAAUGUUACGACGUAAAAUGGAUGCAGUACGUUGUAUAUUAAAAGUUGCUGAGGAUGCAGCUGAAAAAUGGGAUUUAAAUGAUGACAAUGAUAAUAAUGUAAAAAAUAAUAAUAUAAAUAAUUUAACAUAUGUAUCGAGUAAAUAUAGUCCAGUUGUUGAUAAAAAUGGUCAAAUUAAAAUACAACCAAAAAUACCAGAAAAAAUGAAAUCAAAUGCACAUAUUUACAGAAAUAUGACACUUAAUGAAGAUUCACAUUUUUAUAAUAUACCAGUUAAUACAAAUUAUUCAUCAGUUCAUAUACCAACAAAUGUUUAUGAUCUUUUACCGCCAGUUGUUGAGGCAAUAAGUUGGUCUGAACAACUUGAUCAAGUAUUUCGUCAAAAUUAUCAAUCUGAUCCAGCAUUAUCAUGGCAAUAUUUUGGUUCAACAACAGGAAUGUUACGUCAAUAUCCAGCAAUGAAAUGGCAAAAUAAUAUUGGUCCUGAUGGUAAUGAUGUUGCUGAUCUUUAUGAUUGUAGAAUACGUAGUUGGUUUAUUGAAGCAGCAACAUGCAGCAAAGACAUGGUAAUUUUAGUUGAUUCAAGUGGAAGUAUGGAGGGUAUGGGAUAUACAAUUGCAAAAGCUGUCGUUUCAUCUAUACUUGAUACAUUAUCAAAUAAUGAUUAUGUUACAAUAUUGGAAUAUAAAAAUACAACUCAAGAUAUUGUACCAUGUUUCAAAGAUAAACUUGUACAAGCAACACCUGAAAAUAUUAAUACAUUUAAAGAAUCAAUGAGUUCUUUAAAUCCCCUAGAAGUUGCUAAUCUUACUGAUGCAUUUAUAAGUGCAUUUACAAUACUUGAAACAUAUAGGAUAUCACGUGGUUGUGGUCCAUCAACACCAUGUAAUCAAUUAAUAAUGCUUGUAACUGAUGGUGUUGCAUCAAAUAUAUCACAAGUAUUUUAUGAAUGGAAUAGAGAUUAUUCAAAUAUUAAUUUACCAGUACGUGUAUUUACAUAUUUACUUGGUAAAGAAGUUACAAAUGUACGUGAAAUACAAUUAAUGGCAUGUGAAAAUCGUGGAUAUUAUACACAUGUACAUACACAAGAAGAAGCACAAGAACAAGUACUUAAAUAUAUACCAGUUGUUGCAAGACCCUUGGUAUUACAACAAAAUCAACAUCCAGUUGCUUGGACACAUGCAUACACUGAUACAUCAAAUCCGGCACUUGCCCCGUGGCUUUGGCUGGUAAUGAAUCAUCAAGACCAAAAAUCACGUCUCGACAAGCAUCUUGAAGCAUUAGGAGAGGGUGUACGAAUUAACGACGAUGCAAUCUACAUUAAACAGAUAAAACGAGGAGAAAAUGGUAGAUUUGAUCCAUCAGAAUAUAAUUUGGUAUCACGUCAAGAAUAUCAGCUAUUAACAUCAGUUAGUAUACCAGCAUUUGAUAGAAAAGUUAAUAAAAAUAAUAUAACAAGACGUGCAAAUUUAUUGGGUGUUGCUGGUACUGAUGUUCCAAUACGUGAUAUUGAAAAAUUAACAUUACCAUAUAAAUUGGGUAUAAAUGGUUAUGCAUUUAUUGUAUCAAAUAAUGGAUAUGUUAUAUUACAUCCAGAUUUACGUCCAGUUAGUGGUGAAAAACUUAAAGAAAAUUAUAAUAGUGUUGAUUUAACUGAAGUUGAAAUAUUAGAUGAUGAUAAACAAAAAGAUCCAAGAAAACCAGGACAAGAUAUAUUAAAACUUCGUAAAGCUCUUGUUGAUCAUCAAACUGGUAGUAUGAAAAAUGUACCAGUUAAACUUCAUUAUGAUGAUAAUAAACGUGUUACACUUGAAAAACGUGAUUAUUAUUAUGCACCAUUACCUGGUACACCAUUUGGUAUUGCAAUUGCAUUACCAAAUUAUGGAAAAACAUGGAUAAGAGUUGGUAAUGAAAUUGAAAAAAAUAUACAAGCUGGUAUGAAUAUUAGUGAUUUAUUUAUUGAUAAUAAUUGGCGUAUACAUCCUGGCUGGAUAUAUUGUCGUUAUCAUUAUCUUGAAGGGCAUGAAUAUGAUAAACCAGAAAAUGAAUUAUUAAAUUUUAUUAAAAUGCUUAAUAAUCAAGAUACAUGGAAAUGGUCAGAUCAAUAUGAGGCAUAUCAAACAACAUAUGAAAAUGAUAAUAUUAAUGAACCAAAUUGUGGUAGACAAUUAUUAAAACAUGAUGAUUAUUAUUGUAAUGAAGAACUAAUGCAAUUACUUGUAUUUGAUGCACGUGCAACAAAUGAUAUAUAUACUGGUAAUUUUACAUAUACCAACACAACCAAUGAUGAUGAAAUUGAAAAACUUGUUGAUGAUUAUGGUGUUUUUUUGAGAUUUGUAUCAACACAAAGUGGCUUAACACGUUGGCAACCAAUUAAUAAUAAUUCAAUACCAAAAUCAUUGAAUCCAAAUUUUGGUGAUGUACAUAGACGUGCAAUAAAUGAAGCAUGGUAUAAAGGUGCAAUAUAUCAACAUCAAAUUGAUCCAAAUAGUAUAUAUAUAACUGUACAAGCUAGUCAAUUAAAUCAUGAUAAUGAUGUGUUGACAGUGUCAAUGGCAAUAUUUCCACGUGAUGGUGGUAAAAAUGCAUCAGCAGCUGUUGUUGGUUUUCAAAUGUCAAUGAUAAAUUUUUUAUAUAAAUUUCGUAAUAUUACAAAUAGCAAUAGCAAUAAUGAUGAUGAUUUAAAUUGUAAUAAAGAUUAUAUUGAUUGUUAUUUAUUAGAUCAAAAUGGUUAUAUUGUGUUGUCAGAUGCACACAAUGACAGUGAUACUGGUUUAUUUUUUGGUACAGUUGAAGGACCAAUUAUGAAAUCAAUGCUCAAACAAGGAUAUUAUAAUACUGUUGUUAUUUAUGAUUAUCAAGCAUAUUGUUAUGAUACUGCUUUUUCAGAUGAUGCAUUUUCAAUUCAUCAUAAUAACAAUAAUAGCAAUAAUAUAUUAUUAUAUUUAUGGAAAAUUAUUAUUUGGUUAUUUACUAAAGCAAUAUUUUUAUUAACACAAUUAAUCAUUGAUGAUUUACCAAUUUGGUCAUUUGCACGUGCAACAAAUGACGAAGAUUUACCAGAAAAACCACCAGCACCAAAAGAAAUAAUAAAAGAUUAUAGAUGUGAUCAAAAACGUACAUUAUAUAUUAUGAAUCAAACACAUACUAAAUAUCCAAUUCAAAAUUCAACAAUUCAAUGUUCACGUCAAUUUUAUGCUCAACGUGUUGUAUCAACAAAUUUAAUACUUGUUGUUGUUAAUUCAUUGUCAUCAUCAUGCUAUGAAAGACUAACAACUGAACCAGAAAAUAUACUUCCAUCUGCAUAUGUUGAAGAUCAUGAAGAUGCUGCAUGUUACAAAAAAGAUUUAAAUGAUCUUCCACGUAGACGUCUUGCUGAAUGUUUUACUGAACAUUAUCUUGAAGAUGAAAUUGAUGCAUGUGGAGGAGCAACAAAAAUUUAUCAUAUAAAUAUCAUUACAAUUGUUAUUUAUUAUUUAAUUAUUUUUUAUUUCAAUAUUUAAUAUAUGAAAACAAUAAAUACCAAAAAAAU